GAGUAGUGCUAACUGGAAGUAGAGUGGAACAGGGCUGGAAAUCGUAAAGAGAGGCGACAAGACUGACUCCAGAAGCACAGGUCCGGGAAUAGACAGACCUCAGAGACUCGCAGUCUAAAGCAGAUUGCCCCGUCGUGAAGAAACCCCUUCGGAAGACCUGAAGCAAUUCCGCCGAGAGCAGAAAAUGGCUCAUGACCAGUCUCUGCUGGUUGUGCAGCAGGCCCUGAAGAAGUGCUUCCCUGUGGUGGAGGAACAGCAGGACCUGUGGCAGAGCACCCUGCAGGACUGCUCGCCCCUCCUGUCCUCUCUCAGUAACCUGGCUGAGCAGCUGCAAGCUGCACAGAGUCUGCGGUUUGAGGAUGUGCCAGCCCUUCGUCCCUUUCCAGACUUACAGGAGCGGUUGAGGUGCAAGCAGCUGGAGGCUGGUGACGUUGUCCUGGACAAGCUAGCUGAGAGGCUAGCCACCCUCCUCAAGGUCCGUAACACCAUCAGCAGCCAUGUGGAGCAGGUAUUUCAGGCCUAUGAGCAGCAUGCGGCUGUGCUGGACAUUGAUGCCGUCCUGCGCCCCUCAGUUGUGAGCCCCUCUGUGGCUGACAUGUUGGAGUGGCUGCAAGACAUCGACAGACAUUAUGGAAGCUCGUACCUGAAGAGAAAGUACCUCAUCUCCUCCAUCCACUGGGGAGACUUGGCCGGUAUCCAAGCACUGCCCAAGGCCUGGGACCAGAUUUCAGAAGAUGAGUGCCAAAGCCUUGUGUCAGAUGUCCUGCUGAGUGUCUCCUUCUUCCUGGAGGAGCCAGGAGGCUGUGCAGUGUCUGGAGAUCUGGAGCACCGCAGCUGAGGGCUGCCAUUGCUACCCUAGGCUCUUUCUACGUGUGGGUCAGCAUUGCUACCUGACUCACUGGAAUAGCAGUGCCUACGGUAGAGGCCCUGGGACUUCUCCAUGCUAGGCCAAGGCCAAGGCCAAGGGUCCAUGGCCUCUGCACCUAUGGCUCUGAGAAGUGGAUAGAGGUGGAGGAGACAGGAAAGACAGUGCUGAUAAACAGUGUCCACCAAGACAGGAAAGGGCAGAAUGCAAGGUUGUGUGGCCACCGCUGUCUAUGUCAUCUGAACCAUAUUCUCUGGUUGGCUCAGGUCCUGAUUCUGUGUGUGUCAGUAUCUGAGUCCUUAAUGGCUUAAAGAUAGGAGUGGGUCUGGGAGUCAAGGGCAGGAGCAGUGUGUGUGUGUGUUGGGGGGGGGGUCGGGGGACAAAGUCAAUCCCCUGCAAACCCCCAAAAAGGGAGGGACUGAAGGAAAGGGAAUGUUUAAAAUAUUUACCCCUUCUCUGAAGCUCAUUAUGAAGCCAAUUUCCAUUUCCAAAAUCAGCCACCAGGGGACGAUGGUGCAGCGUGAGUGGUUCUGAAUGCCUUGUUCUUGAGGGAGGUCUCCUGUUGCUGUUAAAAACCACUGAGGUGGCAGAGGGGAGCUGGAUAUCCCACCCAGGACUAGGGAGGCAAAGACAGGUGGAUCUCUGUGAUUUUAAGAUCAUCUUGGUCUCCAUAGCUUCAGGCCAACCAAGGCCACAUACUGAGACUGUCUCAGAAAAGAAGAAAGAGGUAAUGGAGAAAUAGUGGUGACAGGGCUGAGGGACCUUGCAUUGGCCACGGUCUUCUGAGUUUGGGGUAACUGGCCAGGGGAGGGGAUGCCAGCUGUGACGAUUGGUUUUUAUGGUCCACUUGACAUGCAAAGCCACCUGGGAAGGGAGUCUCAGUAAGGAAUGUUCUAGAUUUGGUUGGCUUGCAGACAUGUAAGAUUUUCUUAACUGAGGUGAGAAGACCCAUCCUGAAUGUGAGUGGCAGCAUUUCAUGGGCUGGAGCCAGGAUCAAAGGAGAAAGAGGGCAGGCUGAGCACUUAGCAGGCAUGCACUAACCCAUCGCUUCUGACGGUGAAUGUGCUGUGACCACUGCUUCAUGUUCCUGCCAGAGACUCUCCUGUAGUAAUGGAUUCUAACUUCAAAUUAUAAGCCUAAUAAGUCCUUUCUCCCUUCAGUUGCAUCUGUCAAUAGGUUUUAUCAUGCUUUAGGGUUCUCUAAAGGAACAGAACUAAUGAUAGCAUGAAUGAAUAUAAAGAGAGAGGUAUUGGGGGCAGCGAGGGUGAGGGCCGGCGUGCCUAAAGCAAAAGCUUUCUUCUCCCAUAUGAUGUUAUGUGGGCUCCCACCACAGGGUUUGACCCAGAUUUGGGGUGGGUCUUCCUACCCCGGAAUGAUCCAGAUUUAGAGUGGGUCUUCCCACCUCAAA